CCAACUCCUCUGUCGCCGAUUGCUCCCGGCCCGUCAGGUCUGGCCAGCGGGACCCGCCGCUGAUUGGCUGCGUACCCGGGGCGGAAGUGAUGCUGCUGUCACUGGCGCCUCCGGAUCCCGGGAAGCCGCGAGUUUCCGCAGGGAGGCGGCGGCAGCAGCUGCUGCCGAGCGGGUCUGCAGUCUGUGCUCAGAGCUCAGAGACCUCACUACUGACAGUAAAAGCGAUGCCUUUUCUCCAUUUGCACAAAAUGAGCAUGAGGUGGUUAGCCGGACCAGGAGCUCAACCUCACACAGAGUCCAGCCUACUGCUCUGAUGCCGAAGGGGAGGCCGAAAGUGCCACACUUGGAUGCCCCCCUGGGCCUGCCCUCCUGCCUCUGGCUGGAAUUAGCCGGGCUCUUCUUACUGGUUCCCUGGGUCAUGGGCCUGACGGGGACAGGAGGGCCUGAGGCCCAGGUUCCAGGGGGGCUCAGUUGGGCUGUACAUCUGAAUAGCCCAGAAGGUGAGGGGACAGAAGAGACUCUGGAGCGGCAGGCAGAUGCCUUGGCCCAGGCUGCCGGGCUGUUGAAUGCUGGACGCAUUGGGGAGCUCCAUGGGCACUACCUCUUUGUCCAGCCAGCUAGGCACAGGCAGGACCAGCAGGUGGAGGCCAUUCGGCAGCAGGCAGAGGCUGUGCUGGCCAGGCAUGAAGCAGUGCGCUGGCACUCGGAGCAGAGGCUGUUAAAGCGGUCCAAACGCAGCAUCCACUUCAAUGACCCCAAGUUCCCGCAGCAGUGGCACCUGAAUAACCGGCGGAGCCCCGGCAGGGACAUCAAUGUGACAGGUGUAUGGGAACGCAAUGUAACCGGGCGAGGGGUGACCGUGGUGGUAGUGGAUGACGGAGUUGAGCACACCAUCCAGGACAUUGCACCCAACUAUAGCCCUGAGGGCAGCUAUGACCUCAACUCUAAUGACCCAGACCCCAUGCCUCACCCAGAUGUGGAGAAUGGCAAUCACCACGGCACCCGAUGUGCAGGAGAGAUUGCUGCCGUGCCCAACAACAGCUUCUGUGCAGUGGGAGUGGCAUAUGGCAGCCGCAUAGCAGGUAUCCGGGUACUGGAUGGACCCCUCACAGACAGCAUGGAGGCUGUGGCGUUCAACAAGCACUAUCAGAUCAAUGACAUCUACAGCUGCAGCUGGGGACCAGAUGAUGAUGGAAAGACAGUGGAUGGACCCCAUCAGCUCGGAAAGGCUGCCUUACAACAUGGGGUGAUGGCUGGGCGCCAGGGCUUUGGGAGCAUCUUUGUGGUAGCCAGUGGCAAUGGGGGCCAGCACAACGACAACUGCAACUAUGAUGGCUACGCCAACUCCAUCUACACAGUCACCAUAGGUGCUGUGGAUGAGGAGGGACGGAUGCCUUUCUACGCAGAGGAGUGUGCCUCCAUGCUAGCGGUCACCUUCAGUGGUGGGGACAAGAUGCUCCGGAGCAUUGUGACCACUGACUGGGACCUUCAGAAGGGCACAGGCUGUACUGAGAGCCACACAGGGACCUCAGCCGCAGCACCUCUGGCAGCUGGCAUGAUAGCCCUGAUGCUGCAGGUGCGGCCCUGCCUCACAUGGCGUGAUGUCCAGCACAUCAUUGUCUUCACAGCCACCCAGUACGAGGAUCGCCAUGCAGAUUGGGUCACCAAUGAGGCAGGCUUCAGCCAUAGCCACCAGCAUGGUUUUGGCCUACUCAACGCUUGGAGACUCGUCAAUGCAGCCAAGGUCUGGACAUCUGUCCCUUAUUUAGCUUCAUAUGUCAGUCCUGUGUUAAAAGAGAACAAGGCUAUUCCACUUUCCCCCCGUUCCCUGGAGGUCCUGUGGAAUGUCAGCAGGACGGACCUGGAUAUGUCAGGGCUGAAGACCCUGGAGCACGUGGCAGUGACAGUCUCCAUCACUCACCCACGACGCGGCAGCUUGGAACUGAAACUAUUUUGCCCCAGUGGCAUGAUGUCCCUUAUCGGCGCCCCCCGCAGCAUGGACUCGGAUCCCAAUGGCUUCAACGAUUGGACCUUCUCCACUGUGCGAUGCUGGGGGGAAAGGGCAAAAGGAACUUACAGACUCAUUAUCAGGGACGUAGGAGACGAGCCACUCCAGGCCGGCAUCCUCUGGCGGUGGCAGCUGACCCUAUAUGGCUCUGUGUGGAGUGCAGUAGACAUCAGGGACAGACAGAGGCUGUUAGAAAGUGCCAUGAGUGGAAAAUACCUGCAUGAUGGCUUCUCUCUGCCCUGCCCACCUGGACUGAAAAUUCCUGAGGAGGAUGGUUACACCAUCACCCCUAACACUCUCAAGACCCUGGUGCUGAUAGGCUGUUUCACCACCUUCUGGACAGUUUACUACAUGCUGGAGGUAUACUUGAGCCACAGGAAUGUGGCCUCUGACCCAGUUUGUAGGAGUGGACCCUGCCACUGGCCCCAACAGAGCCGAAAAGCCAGGGAGGAGGGGACAGAGCUUGAAUCAGUGCCACUUUGUGCCAACAAGGAUCCAGACGAGGUGGAGACUGAGAGUGGGGGCCCUCCCACCGCCUCUGGUCCCCUUACCCCAGACCUGCUGGAUCAAGCGAACUGGAGUCUGUCCCAGCACAUCAGGAGUGCCCUAGACUCCCCUCAUCAGCACCUUUCCCCAGACCUGUUGCAGGGGAAGGAUGAGGAGCAGAUGUGCUGACCUCAGGGACUGACAGACUCAACAGUGGGAUAGGCUCUUCCUCCCCCAAACUGGGGAAGCUUGGAAAGUGCUCCCAGUUCCCAGACCUAACCGGGAACUCUGGGGAUAAAGCAGUCCUGAUGCUCCCAUCUGGAAUCCUGAGGCCUAAAGAGUAUCCUCUAACUCUGCUCAGAGAGGGUGAGGGCCUUCUCAAGGUACACGUGGCAGAGAACCGUGCCAGGGAACAGUCGAGCGAGAGCCACAGAUCUUCCUCCAGCUGAACAGAAGAAGCUUUUGUUGUGAAGGUCUUGGACAAGGGAUUGGCCCCAGGUGGGCAGGCCUCCUUCCUCAUUUCUUGGGGGCAAGCCAGUGGUGUGGGUCAUGGGGACCUCCACUCAUGCCUGGGUGAGAAGGUGCCUGUCAUGGCCAGAAGAGCAUCUUUAUAGAAACAGUAUUGAGGUCCCUUGGAAAAAGGGCUCAGGGGUGGAGGCUGGGAAGAGCCCCUGGACAUGCCUGUCCUUUUAAUGACCUAAGGCCCAGAAACAACUGACUUGUCCCAUCUCUCCCUCAUCUUCCUGUGUAAGACUCGGACCUUGGACAUGUUGGUAUGGCAAUUAGUCCUCAGCCCAGCAUUCUUGCCCUGAAAGCAGCUGCCUCCAUGAUCCCUCUCCUCCCC